GCCAACGGCGGCGGCCACUUGUGCGCCGCAUCCGGAGGGGUGGCCGCCAUUGUGCUUCGUCGCCGACUGCUCUGCUGUCCCCGUGGCCUGAGACCGAGCACACCGGGAGAGGAGGAGGAGGAGGAGGCGGUGUGGCUACGGUGAGCCUCACGCUCCCUGCGGUGUGCCAGCUGGAAGAGGAGGGCAGAGGACAGUUCGCUGGAGUCAGUUCUUUCCUCCCUUCCUGUGGAGGUAGAAUUUCAUCUGUCUCCCAGGAAAUCUUGAGCAUGGAGUCUAAACCUUCCAGGAUUCCAAGAAGAAUUUCUGUUCAACCCUCUGGCUCUUUAAGUGCUAGGAUGGUGUCUGGAAACAGAGGAACUAGUUUAAAUGAUUCCUGUCACUCUAGAGACUCUUCCUUUAGACUGGAUUCUGAAUAUCAGUCUGCAUCAGCAUCUGCAUCUGCAUCACCAUUUCAGUCCACAUGGUAUAGUGAAUCUGAGAUAACUCAGGGAGCACGAUCGAGAGUACAGAACCCGCAACGGGAUCAUGAUUCCAAAAGACCUAAACUCUCUUGUACAAACUGUGCAUCUACCUCAGCUGGGAGAAAUACUGGAAGUGGCUUAAAUACAGUAUCAGAUUCUUCUUGGAGGCAUAGUCAAGUUCCCAGAUCUUCAUCAAUGGUACUUGGUUCAUUUGGAACAGACCUGAUUAGAGAAAGGAGAGAUUUGGAGAGGAGAACAGAUUCCUCCAUUAGCAAUCUUAUGGAUUAUAAUCACCGAAAUGGUGAUUUCACAACUUCAUCAUAUGUUCAAGAAAGAGUUCCUUCUUCAUAUUCACAGGGAGCAAGACCAAAAGAGAAUUCAGUGAGCAAUUUACAGUUGAAUUCAUCAUCCACCAAUCACCAAUUGCCUUCUGAACAUCAAACGAUAUCGAGUUCUAGGGACUCUAGCAGAAAUUCUUUCAGAUCACAUUUUUCUCCAAGACAAUCAGAAUCUUUUCGAAAUGCUUCACAUCCCACAUUUUCAUAUCUUUCAAGCAGAAAUGAAACCCCAGUUAUAAGCAAUUCAGAAAGGGUUGGUUCCUCUCGGAGACCAUUUCAAGAAUCUUCUGACAAUGAAGGUAGGCGUACUACUAGGAGAUUGCUGUCACGGAUAGCUUCUAGCAUGUCAUCAACUUUUUUUUCACGAAGAUCUGGUCAAGAUUCCUUGAAUACAAGAUCAUUGAGUUCUGAAAAUUAUAUUUCUCCAAGAACCUUGACUUCACAGUCUCGGAAUAAUGGAGCAUCGUCUUCUGAAGUCAGUGAUAGCAGGACAUCUGAAGCUUCUCAGGGAUUUAGAUUCCUUAGGCGAAGGUGGGGUUUGUCAUCUCUUAGCCAAAAUCAUAGCUCUGAACCAGAUGCGGAAAAUUUUAAUCAAGAAUCAGAAGGUAGAAGUACAGGACCGUGGUUGUCUUCCUCCCUUAGAAAUAGAUGCACACCUUUGUUCUCUAGAAGGAGGCGAGAGGGAAGAGAUGAAUCUUCAAGAAUAUCUGUGUCAGAUGUCCCACCUAGAUCUCAUCUUUUUAGAAGAGAAUCAAAUGAAGUGGUUCACCUUGAAGCACAAAGUGAUACCCUUGGGGCUGCUGCCAGCAGACCACAAGCAUCUGGAGCAGCAAGCAGUGUUUCUGCAAGUGGCCCCACACCAGAUUUGCCUCAGGGUGGAAGAAGUACAGGACUAGCAGGGAUUCUUCCUGGUUCCCUUUUCCGAUUUGCAGUCCCACCAACACUCGGAAGCAGUCUGACUGACAAUGUCAUGAUUACUGUAGAUAUUAUUCCUUCAGGCUGGAACACAGCUGAAGGGAAAAGUGAUAAAGCUAAAAGUGCACCUUCAAGAGACCCAGAAAAACUGCAAAAAAUAAAAGAAAGCCUCCUUUUAGAGGACUCUGAAGAAGAAGAAGGAGACUUAUGUAGAAUUUGUCAAAUGGCAGCUGCAUCGUCAUCUAAUUUACUGAUAGAACCAUGCAAAUGCACAGGGAGUCUGCAGUAUGUUCAUCAAGAGUGUAUGAAAAAGUGGCUACAGGCCAAAAUCAAUUCUGGUUCUUCAUUAGAAGCUGUAACCACCUGUGAACUCUGUAAAGAGAAGUUGCAACUUAACCUGGAGGAUUUUGAUAUUCAUGAACUACAUAGAGCUCAUGCAAAUGAACAAGCUGAGUAUGAGUUUAUCAGCUCUGGUCUCUACCUAGUUGUGUUACUGCACUUGUGUGAGCAAAGCUUUUCUGAUAUGAUGGGAAAUACAAUUGAACCAAGCACCCGCGUUCGAUUUAUUAACCUUGCAAGAACUCUUCAGGCACAUAUGGAAGAUCUCGAAAGUAGGUGGAACUUCCCCUCCCCAGACUUGUUGAAUUUACUUCUGCAAAUUAAACCCACAGAACAAAACCUAAAUGUACUCUUUUCUACCAAAUUGAGUUUUGGUUAUAGGCCUAAUACUACCACAGUUACCUUAUUUGAAUACUAUGGGUUGGAAAAUAGGCUCUAGUUUUUUUAAACGUAUUUUUUAAGUUAUGUUUAAUAUGUGGAAGGAGGUAAUUUUAAUCACUAAUUUUCAGUAAACCACUUUGAUUUUACUAUUUGUGAUUAAAAGGAAAGCAUAAAAUUAACUAUUAAGUCCUAUCUGUUAAGGCUUUUUAAUAUAUAAAGAAUUUUACUUUUAAAUUAAAUUCCAGAUCAUAGAAGGAAUUCUUUAGGUUUAUGUUUGGUCCCAGGAAAAUAAGGAAAAGAGGCUUGAGCCCAUAACAAAAUGGUUUUGCUUGUUCUUUGUUUACUUAUAGGUAUUUCUUUGUGGACCUUUAAUUCCAGGCAGCUCAAAUUUCUUAGGGUCAUUUUGUCAGUCUCGUUAGGUGAAGACACCUACUCCCAAAUCUUACAGGCAUUUCCACAACCUGCUAUCUAUCUUCUAAUGUAUUAUAGCACGUUUGUAGUGCUUCAUACCAGGCAGGGGCAAAAUUUGCUUUAGAACAACUUGUGGGGAAAAUUAAACCUCUCCGAUCCCUACCUGUUUGCUUUUCACCCUCAGCAACAGGUCUCCUUCCCAGUGCAUUCUCCAGUGUUUGAAAUGUGUGUUUUCAUGUUGAUGGGCACUUCUACCUUCAAAAUACCUGUUAUCUAGAGGACAUGUAAGGUUAUUACCUAUAGAGGAAGCCUGGCAUCCUUCGAAGAUAGUGUGAGAAGGAUUCUGUCCCCAUAAAAACCUUUUACUUCCUUAAAUAUUCUAAGAUCUAGCCUUUAUAAGUUUUUAUGCCUGUACUAAUUUUAGGUUUUAACAGGAUUUAAGAGAAAAUCAGAUAGCACAUUCUUAGGUAUUUUUAUUAGCAUACGUGAAAGUAAAGGAGCUAGUUGGAAUUACUGCUUACUGUGAAUUUUUUCUUUAUAAUCAUAAAAAUAGCUCAUUGACUAAAAAAAUUUUUGGUUUUUUUUUCUGAAAAUUUUAAUUUCUGUUUUGGUAGCUACUGUUGUGAUUAUUUGUUUCAGUGUUUUUCCCCAAGCUUUCUCACUUUGAAAAAAGUAUUUUCAUUUAAAACAUAAUUUCCUAAGCAUAACAUGGUCUUUUUUAUGUAUGCAAGAGAGAAGAAAAAGCUAGAAGUAAAAUAUAGACAACUUUAGCUGACAGUGGAAGAUGGUGCGGCCUCAAAUGAAUCUCAAAUGGCUGGAGUAUUGCUACAUUCUGAAAACUAGCCAAGUUGUAUCUUCUUGUGGAAUCAGUCACUAGAAAAAAUACUUCCUAAAACACAAUUCAGUGUGAUAUAACCUAGAGCAUCACAACAGGGUUUAUGCUGUCAUGAGCUGGAUAGCACUUAUUUCAAGUAGAUUUUAUCCGUAAAUGUUAACAUUUUUCCAGCUCUUAGUUUGCGUUGAUAUAGUAUCCUAGAGAACAUUCGUUAAGCUUUUUUGCUCUUGAUAAUAGUAAAGAGAUUAGUUGAUGUUUAUCUUAAAGAACUUAAAAUUUCCCUAUCAUAUAAAUCAGAUUAUGUAGUGCAUAGCUUCUUAUUGCCUUGGCUAUCCCAAAGACAUUCCAAGAUGUUUUAUAUUAAAUAUUGCAUCACUAAUGGCCAUUGAGUAAAUUGAGGUCAGAAAUAUUAUAAAAACAAUGUUUCUGAGAAUUUGGAGACAUGGGGAUAAUCUCAGCAGCAGGUUUUUUGUUGUUACUGGUUUUGGUUUAUUUUUUUUCUGAAGGCAAUUUUAAGUUAGGCUGUGUCUAUAUAAAGCUUUACUUAUUCAAUAGAGCUUUUCCUUGGCAUUGUAUAGACAUAGCUGUGAUGUAAAUUGCAAGAACAUCCAUAACCUAUUAUUCUAUGUACAUUUUUUUUCAUUCUCAUCGGAUGCAUCAAACAUGCAGCGGUAAUAAGCCAGAUUCUACUCAGGUGUGUGAGAGCACUUGCCUUAAAUUCACUUUUCCUCUGGUGUAUGUUUAUAUACAUAUCAUUAGCUACUGUGAACACAAGCUGGUCUCAGAAACAUUUUUGAAAGAUGCUCUUAAACCACAUUUUUAAGCAUUUUCAUUAUAUGGAAAUUAUCUAGCAUCACAGUAAAGAUGUGGGGGUGGGAACAUUGUGAAUGGGCAUCACCCACAACAAGCCACCCUAACACUAUCAUGAUAACUUAUCAUUUUGAUCAAACAGUAUACUAAAUUGGGAUUUUUGUUUUUACACGUCAUUGCUGUUCUGGCUUCAUGUUUGCAAGUCACAUUCUUGUCACCCUUAAAAUCAUUCUUGAUAAUCCUGUUUUCUCUCAACAGCUUCAGAGGAUGAGUCUGAAGAAGAUGGAGACCAUAACAGAACAUUUGAUAUUGCCUAACUUCAUAUAAGACAAAUGGAUGAUCCUUGAACAUGUUUAUUAAUAGUGGCAAUUAAGUGAAUAAUUUUGUGGGGGAAUGUCUAUUAGAAAUAUUGACUAUAUAUAAAAUGAAUAUAUAUACAUACAUGUAUAAAUGUAAAUAUAUAUUCAUUCUCAAGUGUUGCUGAAUUGAAAUUCUUCAGCUGGACCUUUUAACAUUGGCCAGCAAAUCUCAUGUUUAUAAUAUGUAAUCAGAAGCAUUGUUUUCUUUUAGAUGAGUGGUAAAGCAUCACCCUUCCUUUUAAUAUCUAAGCAGUGCUCAUCAACUUUUUCUCUGUGUUACAAUUACUGUAGUCAUAUUUAUGGGGGAAAAUGUUUGUGUAUUAGUCUCUUGCUAGUGAGAAAACUCAGAUAAAAUGUACCUUUGAAAUAAAAUGCCAAUGGCACCUAAUUAGUUUUCUUUUUUAAAUGCCUUAAGUUACAGCCACAUUUUGAUAAUCAUUUACUUCCAGUGUUUAAUUUUUUUUAAAGAACAGGAAGUUUGAAGAGCAUAAUUAUAUUAGGUUUCCAAAUUUAAUUUGAAUUCUAAAUUCACUUAGCAAUAAAACCUAAUUUUUAAGAAAAAAGUAUGUAAAAGAUGUAGAAAUGACGGAUAACUUUUGUAUUGAUUUGCAAAAAUGCAGAUUAUAUUUGAUAGGCCAUGGUAUGUAGGUAUUCCUUUCAGGAAUAUUACAGCUGUAAAUUAUAUUCAGAAUGCCAGUCAAAUGCUAUUUGGUUAAAAAUUAAUGAAAAUCUCAAGUUAACAGAAUAUUUUUUUAAAGCCCACAUUCAAAGUUUAAACACUGUGUUCACUGUGUUUGUAGUGUUGUCACCUCUAUAGAGGAGUAGAAUAUAGAGAACCUGUUUGGGUCUUUGCUAAUUCUGAGCAUUUCUUUGAUGAUUGUUAAUAUUUUUCACGACCUUUUCAAAAACAGAUGAAUUACUUAUUCAACAUGAAUGAGUUUGCACUAUGGUCAUGUAAACUUCCAUAACAGUUUCCACUGACAACGCCCUUAGGAUACACAUUUAUACUUUGUGGUGGUUUCAGAUUAGUCCAAUGUUGUGGCAACAACUUUUUCAACAUCUAAAUAGAAACCAUGUAAUUUCUCAAAUGUGAAUGAGCAGUUUGUCUACGCUUAGUUUGUUGGUAUUAAUGUAAAACCUUGGCUUGAAAUAAAGUGAUACUGAUUGA